CCGGGCGGGAGGGGCUCUGGGUCCGGGCGGUACCGAGCGGGUUCGGGGAUCGGUACCGGGGGGAGAGGGAGGCGGCACCGGAGCGGAGCGGGCAGGAGGUGCCGGGGGACUCGCGGUGCGGGCAGGGCUGCGCUGGUUCCCGUCGGGCUUCCCCCGGGACGUCCCGCUGAACCCCCCCGGCCAUGGAUGAAGGAAACAACAGCACCAGCCUCGAGGCUGUGUCAACAGCAGGAGGAACACGAAUUCUGCAGUUUGUAGAAGACAGGAUACAGACUACAAUGCUGACUGGCAUUGCAAUUGGAGCUGCAGUGGCAUUAUUCAUAGCAUUUAUUGUGUUUGCUGUUUACAGAAGAGUGAAAGGAUCCAGACAGCUCCAGCCCCAGGUGCCUCAGUACAGGUUUCGCAAGCGAGACAAAGUGAUGUUCUACGGGAGGAAGAUCAUGAGGAAGGUGACAACUCUCCCAAACUCUCUGGUUGGGAACGCCGUGCCUCGCCAGCGGAUGCGGAAACGUGCCAAGGUUUUGUCUUUGGCUAAAAGGAUUCUAAGAAUCAAGAAGGAGUGUCCAACCCUGCAGCCAAAGGAACCACCUCCCUCUCUGCUAGAGGCAGAUCUGACUGAAUUUGAUGUCAAGAAUUCCCACUUGCCAUCAGAAGUCCUGUACAUGCUUAAAAAUGUUAGGGUUCUUGGCCACUUUGAGAAACCUCUUUUCCUGGAGCUGUGCAAGCACAUGUUUUUUGUGCAGCUGCAUGAGGGGGAAUACAUCUUCCGUCCUGGGCAGCUGGAUAACAGCAUCUACGUUGUGCAGGAUGGCAGGCUGGAAGUGUGCAUCCAAGAAAGUGAUGGAACAGAAGUGGUUGUUAAGGAGGUGCUGGCAGGAGACAGUGUCCACAGUCUUCUCAGCAUUCUUGAUGUCAUCACAGGUCAUCCUGCUCCUUACAAAACAGUCUCAGCCCGAGCAGCCAUUCCCUCCACUAUUCUGAGGCUUCCAGCAAAUGCCUUUCAGGAUGUCUUCCAGAAGUACCCUGAAACUCUUGUUAGAGUGGUCCAGAUCAUCAUGGUAAGGCUGCAGAGAGUCACCUUCCUUGCUCUGCACAACUACCUGGGUCUGACCACUGAGCUCUUCAACUGUCAGAGCCAAGCCAUCCCACUCAUCUCUGUGGCAAGUGUAACAUCUGGAGGAGCUUCAAGCAAAGCAGGAAAAAGACAAAUGUCUAACAUGGCAGAGGAGGAUCGUGCAGAAAAGUUUGAAAAAGCUGGGGAAGCUCUGGAGAUGGAUACAUUGAAGAUUCCUGGUACAGAAAACUCUGAGCAUGUUUUCAGAAGAAGCCUUUCUUCACCUCCCUAUGCAGGUUCUGUAGAGGCUUCCAGUAAUUCCAGCAGUGCCAAGACAGACAUGGACAUGGCAUAUGAGAGAGCUCGAGUGCACUUCCGCUCUGAGGACCUGGGCAGCAGUCCCUUUGUGGGCAAGUCCAUACUGAAGAAGACAGUGACAGUGACAGAAACUCCCUCAGCAGUUUUCCACUACAGUGCUGUGCAAGAUUCCUGUAACAGCAAACACAUCGAUGCCAUUGUUGAAGCAGCAAAGAAAGACCUUUCAACCUUGAUGAAACUUGAUGAUCCUUCAUUGCUGAAUGGCAAAGUGACCCUGCACCAGGUUACAGCUGGGACUGUGCUGUCCAGGCAGGGAGAUCAGGAUGUCAAUGUUUGCUUUGUGGUCUCGGGGAUGCUCCACGUGUACCAGCGGAAGAUCGACUCAGAGGAGGACACCUGCCUCUUCAUCACCCACCCAGGGGAACUUGUGGGCCAGCUUGCUGUCCUCACUGGGGAACCACUGAUUUUCACCAUCAAAGCCAAUCGAGACUGCAGCUUUCUGUCUAUAUCCAAGUCCCAUUUCUAUGAGAUAAUGCGGGAGCAGCCAAGUGUGGUUCUUGGUGUGGCUCACACUGUUGUAAAGAGGAUGUCUCCCUUUGUCAGGCAAAUUGACUUUGCCCUGGACUGGAUGGAGGUUGAAGCUGGAAGAGCUGUGUACAGGCAGGGUGACAAGUCAGACUGUACUUACAUCGUGCUGAACGGCCGCCUGCGCUCCGUCAUACGGAUGGAUGAUGGCAAAAAGCACCUGACGGGUGAAUACGGCCGAGGAGACCUGAUUGGAGUGGUGGAGGCAUUGACUCACCAGCCUCGAGCCACCACAGUGCAUGCAGUGAGAGACUCGGAACUUGCCAAGCUCCCCGAGGGAGCCCUGACAUCCAUCAAACGCAAAUUCCCCCAGGUUGUGACUAGACUUAUUCACUUGCUGGGGGAGAAGAUUCUUGGCAGUCUUCAGCAGGGAGGUCAUGCCCUUGGAUUGCACAGCUCGAGCAGCAAGUGGGAUGCUGGGAAUCCUGCCAGCAAUCUCUCCACCGUGGCAAUUAUGCCAGUGUCAGAGGAGGUGCCACUCACAGCCUUCACUCUGGAGCUCAAACAUGCUCUCAGUGCUGUGGGUCCUGCUUUGCUGCUCACCAGUGACAACAUCAAACAGAGACUGGGUUCUGCUGCUCUGGAUAGUAUCCACGAGUACCGACUGACCAGCUGGCUGGGGCAGCAGGAGGAUAUCCACAGGAUUGUUCUGUACCAGGCUGACAGCACCCUCACCCCCUGGACCCAGCGCUGCAUCCGCCAGGCUGACUGCAUCCUCAUCGUUGGGCUGGGAGACCAGGAGCCAACUGUGGGAGAGCUGGAGAGGAUGCUGGAGAACACUGCGGUCAGAGCCCAGAAACAACUCAUCCUGCUCCAUAAGGAGGAUGGGCCUCUCCCUUCCCGAACUGUGGAGUGGCUGAACAUGAGGAGCUGGUGCUCUGCUCACCUUCACCUCCGCUGCCCACGCAGAGUCUUUUCCAAAAGAAGUUUGCCCAAGCUGAUCGAGAUGUACGAGCGCCUCUUCCAGAAGCCUCCCGACCGCCACUCCGACUUCUCCCGCCUGGCUCGAGUCCUGACUGGAAACGCCAUCGCCCUGGUGCUGGGGGGUGGAGGAGCAAGGGGAUGCUCCCAGGUGGGGGUUAUCAGAGCUCUGAUUGAGGCUGGCAUCCCUGUUGACAUGAUUGGAGGAACAUCCAUUGGCUCCUUCAUGAGCGCCCUGUACGCCGAGGAGCGGAGCUACAACCAGAUGAGGAUCAAGGCUCGGCAGUGGGCAAUGGUGAUGAACUCGGUGCUUAAGACCAUUCUAGACCUGACUUACCCAAUAACCUCUAUGUUCUCUGGAGCAGCAUUUAACAAGAGCAUCAACAACAUCUUCAAAGAUAAGCAGAUAGAGGAUCUGUGGAUUCCUUACUUCACCAUCACAACAGACAUCACAGCCUCAGCCAUGAGGGUCCACACAGAUGGCUCUCUCUGGAGAUACGUCCGGGCCAGCAUGUCCCUGUCUGGGUACAUGCCACCUCUCUGUGACCCCAAGGAUGGGCAUCUCCUGAUGGAUGGAGGGUACAUCAACAACCUUCCUGCUGAUGUGGCCAAGUCCAUGGGUGCCAAGGUGGUGAUUGCCAUCGACGUGGGGAGCCGGGACGAGACCGACCUCACCAACUAUGGGGACUGCUUGUCUGGCUGGUGGCUGCUCUGGAAGAAGUGGAAUCCACUGGCUGAAAAAGUCAAGGUGCUGAACAUGGCAGAGAUCCAGACCCGGCUGGCGUACGUGUGCUGCGUGCGGCAGCUGGAGAUGGUGAAGAGCAGCGACUACUGCGAGUACAUCCGGCCCCCCAUUGACCGCUACAGGACCCUGGAUUUUGGGAAAUUCGAUGAAAUCUGUGAAGUGGGAUAUCAGCAUGGGAAAACAGUGUUUAAUGUCUGGUGCAGGAGUGGGGUCCUUGACAAGAUGCUGACAGACAGACAAGAAACUUGCAAAUCCAAGACUGAGAACGUGACCUGUCCCACCACCUCUUUCACUGACCUGGCAGAAAUCGUGUCCAGGAUUGAGCCCGUGAAAGCUCCCGUGGCAGAUGAUGAGUCAGACUACCAGACUGAAUAUGAGGAAGAAAUUCUGGACAACCAGAAGGAUGAUUAUAUCAAUUUUGUCAGCACCCAGGCUGAAGAAGACUCCGACUCGGAUGAAGAUCUGCAGAUCAGAAGGCGAAGGAACCUGCCCAGUGGGGAUGGCCAGGCAAGCAGCAUGGGAGAGCCAGGGUAGUGCUCAGAGGGCUCUGACCUUGCUGGCUGAGAGCUGUGCCCCAUUCCUACUGACAGCAGCCAUAGUUAUUUAUUAAACUUUUUUGUUUUUAAAAAGCAAGCCAACAUCUAGUUGAACUUAAGUAAGCUUUCCUCCUCCAGACAGGGUGUGGGGCAUUCAGCAGCCAGCACUGAGCUCCAGUAACUGCAUCACCCCUGUGUCCCUUUGGACCCUCUGUGGGGGGUGGCAGCCGUGGACCAGUCUCCUUCCACCAGGUGCCAGUAGGAGCAGAUGGAUCUGAAUCACCCUGAGACUGGCAGGGGGGAAAUGUGCUGGGAAUGGGCAGCUUUGAUUUUUGCUGCUGUGUUUUCUAGUGGCUGUUUUUACUGUGAAGCCCAAAGGAGGUUUGGGAUAUUAUCCUGCCAUUGCUGGAAAGGCUCCGAGCAGCAGCAGCAGCACAAAGAGGGGGGUGGUUUGUGGGUCUCUUCAUAUGAAUCAGGUAACUGCAUGAUUAACUCCUCAGUGACUUUCAACCAAGUGCUUUUUAAGCAGUGCUCUGACAGGAGCAAGUCUGAAUGUAUUUCACUUGAAAUCUAAACCUAAGAAAUCAAUUAAUGUGAACAUUAGCUGUAGAGCCACCAGCAGAACUUUUACUGAUGGAUCAUGGAGCUGAUGCUUGCUGGGCAACUCUGGAAUUAUUACUUGGCUGUAUUUGCCCUGUGGAAUAAAGUUAUUUUCUUGGAUUGAAA